AUGUACGAGGAGAGUAGUAUGGUGGAGGUGGGGAGCUGUAGACGUGGUGGUGGUGGAAACUUAAGGAGUAGUAUGGUGGAGGUGGGGAGCUGUAGAUGUAUGGUGGUGGAGAAGGAGAGUAAUAUGAUGGAGGUUGGGAGCUGUAGACAUAUGGUGGUGGUGAAGACUUGUAGUGUACGUUACGAGAAGUAG